AUGAAGUCUCCUAUGAUUAAGUCUCCUAUGAUUAAGUCUCCUGUGAUGAAGUCUCCUAUGAUUAAGUCUCCUAUGAUUAAGUCUCCUAUGAUUAAGUCUCCUAUGAUGAAGUCUCCUAUGAUGAAGUCUCCUAUGAUUAAGUCUCCUGUGAUUAACUCUCCUAUGAUGAAGUCUCCUAGGAUGAAGUCUCCUAUGAUUAAGUCUCCUGUGAUUAGGUCUCCUAUGAUUAAGUCUCCUAUGAUUAAGUCUCCUAUGAUUAAGUCUCCUAUGAUUAAGUCUCCUGUGAUUAACUCUCCUGUGAUUAAAUCUCCUAUGAUUAAGUCUCCUAUGAUUAAGUCUCCUGUGAUUAAGUCUCCAAUUGUUAAGUCUCAUGUGAUUAAGUCUCCUGUGAUUACGUCUCCUGUGAUUAAGACUCCUGUGAUUAAGUCUCCUAUGAUUACGUCUCCUGUGAUGAAGUCUCCUGUGAUUAAGUCUCCUUUGAUUAAGUCUCCUAUGAUUAAGUCUCCUAUGAUUACGUCUCCUGUGAUUAAGUCUCCUAUGAUUUAG